AUGGACCAAAUCAUUGACGAGAAUUUCAUUCAAAUGAAUGGAAACAAGCCUUUGGUUCCCAAUAAUCACAAAGUGCUCAACAAAUUGGUGAUCAAUAACGAGAGACGAGUUUUGGGCCCAAUUGUGGCCAACACUUCGCUCCACCAGAAGAGCCACAAAUCAAAGGCAUUGCAACGGAAACAGUGGCCAAACGAGUCCAACCACACCAACACUUCCGUCAACGCUUCCAAUGCUUCCAACGCCGGUCUCAAGAGGUCGGAUGAGGCCACGAAAGUGUCUAAAUCUGAAAACCCUCUACUCUUGCUGCUCUUGGCGCUCUUACUCUACGAUUCGUGCGAACAGACGGAUAACCUAUUGUCUGAAAGAACUGAAAACUCUUUAGCUAUAGAGGAGGCAAUCAUUGAUGGCUUUAGUGAUGCGGACAUCAAAUGCGAUGAAACGAUAGACAUCGAGAGCGAAGAGGAAGAGCUCGAAGACGUGUCCGUUUCGGAGCAGACGUCAGAAGUGUUGCGUUCUUUCGAUUUGACGGCUCUCUCGAGAUGUCAGGAAUACUCGAUUGAAAUCCAUAGAUAUCUCAUGUUCUAUGAGAGGAAGCAAAUGGCAGAUCCGUACUAUAUCUCGAAACAGCCGGAGAUUAACGCUAAGAUGAGAAGCAUUCUUAUCGAUUGGUUGGUCGAAGUGACCGAAGAGUACAAACUGCUGGACCAGACGCUCUUCUUGGCCGUCAAUUACAUCGACAGGUUUCUGUCUUUGAUGUCUAUCUCGAGACAAAGCUUUCAAUUAUUAGGAACGGCCGCUCUUUUCAUUGCUUCCAAAUAUGAAGAGAUAUAUCCGCCAGAGUUGAGUGAAUUCGUGUAUAUCACUGAUGACUCGUACACUAAGCAACAGAUACUUAAUAUGGAAAAACUCAUUCUUAAGGCUCUGGAGUUUGACGUGUCGGCGCCCACUAUUUAUUAUUUCAUUGACAAGUUCUCGACUGAUCUGCAACUGGAGUCCAUCAUUAAACACUUGGCAAAGUAUUUGUCUCACUUAACACUUCUGGAGAGCGAGCCAUUCCUGCGCUACUAUCCGAGUGAGAUCGCCAUCUGCUCUAUCAUUCUUUCGGCUCAAACCUUAGGCUUUCAACUCGUGAUUACUGAACAUUUUCUUGAGGAAUCCAUGGCUUAUGAGAAGGGCCUCAAGAGCGGAGACAUUAAAGCCUUUUUGGCCGAUCGUCAGACGUGUCUCGAAUCGAUUCACAGAAUGCAUGCCUUCGCUCACAAACACCCCCAACAGGCCAUUCAAAGCAAAUUCACUUCCGAUAAAUUUUAUCGCGUGUCCACUGUUGAGCCCAUGGCUGCUGCGCCUCGUAUUUAAUUUGAUUGCAUUCAAUGUCUGCUCUUUUAAUCUAUUCUUACAAUUUAAUAAUCACUGCA